GGGACAUAAAGUUGUUUUAUUAUAUUAUUAAUAUUUAUUAAGCUAUGUAAUACAUAUAUUGUUGAUAUUUAAGCAAAUUUACACAAAUUUGUCUUAAUCAUGGCCAAAAAUAAGAAUAGAACGAGACCAAAGGCCAGAAAAUCGCAACAACGGAGAAAACAUAACAUUAGUCCCGAGUAUUUUCGAGAAUCUCCGAAAGAAACCUUGAAGAUCGCAAAAAAAAAGUCUAGAGAUACCAUAUCACUCACCGAUAUAAAAGCACGUUUAUCUGGAAGUAGAUUUCGUUACCUUAAUGAGCAGUUAUACUCUUCAACCAGCACAGAAGCUUGGAAACUUUACAAUGAUGAUAACAGUCUUUUUAAUGCCUAUCACUAUGGCUAUCGACAUCAAGUAUCUCAAUGGCCAUACAACCCUUUGUCAAAAGUCAUAAAGUGGCUUAAAAAACAUAGUGAAUACAAUGUUAUAGGUGAUUUUGGAUGCGGAGAUGCAUUGGUGGCCAAAACAUUUACCAAGAGGACGGUCCAUUCAUUCGAUUUAGUUUCUACUGAUCCAUCAGUUACAGCAUGCAAUAUGCUACAUGUACCGCUAUCCGAUAACACAUUAGAUGUUGCAAUAUUUUGCCUGAGCUUAAUGGGUAAAGAUUGGCCGCUAUUCAUAUUGGAGGCUUCUCGUUGCUUGAAAUUAGGGGGUGUUUUAAAGAUUGUUGAAGUAAAAAGCCGACUGGAGAAUGCCCAGUCGUUUUCAAAAUUUAUUGAAUCCUAUGGAUACAAGUAUUCUAGAGAUGAAAAUACCAAGGCGGAUGAUUUUUUUGUAUUCUUUGAGUUUACUUUUGAGAAAAAAGUUACAGAUUUGAAAAAGAAUGUACUUUUAAAUAAGGGUACACUGCUAGCGCCCUGCUUGUAUAAAAAUCGGUGA